GAUGUAUCAGAUAAUAUGAGUGUGGCAUCAUCUAUAUCAUCUAGAAACAAGAGAAAAAGAUGUCAAGAUGAAACCGAUGUUGCUGAUGUUGGUGAAAAAAUUGACAUUAUUAUGGAAAAAAUGGAGGAAAUAGGUUAUUCUAUGGAGGUAUUUAGAGAGGAGUUUAAAUCUAUUGCAAUAGAAGUUUUACAAGAUUUCAAAAAAGAUUUAAUGAAGGCAGUGAGGGAGAUUGUGCAGUUUGAAAUAAAAAAGUUAACUGGUAUAAAUACUGAGAGAAAAAUUGAACAAAUAAAUGUGACAAGAAAGCAAUCUUCAUAUGCUGAAAAGUUAAAAGGAUCAAAAACGGAGACAGUAGUGGUUGAACCUAAAGAAAAACAGGACAGUAAUGAAACCUUUAUUGAUGUUAAAAGAAAAGUUCAAAUAGGCAGAUUGGGAGUAGGUGUUGAAAGAUUGAAAAAAACACAAGCAGGAAAAGUAGUCAUUGGAUGCGUGGGUAAAGAAGAUCGUGAAAAAUUGGCUAGUGAAUUGAAAAAAAAUAUGGGACCUAAAUAUAAUGUUAGAGUUACGGACAAAAAAUCGCCAAAAUUAAAAAUCAUUGAUGUUGACAGUGACACUAUGGAAAAUUUUGAAGAAAUGGAAAUUGUUGAAAUGAUAAAAAAGCAAAAUGGAGUAAGUACAAAUGAAGCUACUAAAAUGAUAAUAAAAAAGAAAUUAGUUAGUAAAAAUAAAACUGGAGUGAUUAUAAUGGAGGUAGAUCCGGAAACUCAUAAAUUUUUAACUGACAAAACAAAAAUAAAACUGGAUUGGAAUUCAUGCCGCGUAUUUGAUUGUGUGAGUAUUCUAAGGUGUUUCAAAUGUUGGGGUUUUCACCAUUAUGCGAAGGAUUGUAAGGAUGAGGUUAAGUGCCGCAAAUGCUCUGAAAAUCGUUGGGAGAAAGACUGUCAAAAUGAGAUAAAAAAAUGUGUAAAUUGUGUCAAAAUGGUGAAUGACUUUAAACUAGAUGGUAUAAAAACUGAUCACUGUGCUAAUGAUCUAGAGUGUGAAUGUUAUAAAAGAGCGAUAAACAGAGCACAAAAAAAUAUUAAUUAUAACUAUUAACAAUUACAACAAAAAGAGAAUAUCAAAU